AUGACACAACUAAAAAGUGUUGAAUGUCAAAAUGAUUUAAAAAUAAAACGGAUGAAGGACUACCUCAGACGAAUGGAAGUAAGAAGAAAAAAAAUAGUGAAAGAUAAGUUAGAUACUUGUGAAAGGGAACUGCGGAACGUAGAGGCAAAUAUCAUAAAAGUGGACGCGGAAAAUCGUAUGCUUCACGAAGAAAACCGAACACUUAAACGGAAUCUGGAGAAACGACAUGAUGCGAAUCAAAAUCUUCAUAAGAGUGUGUUACUUGUCAGUGAGCUUAAAGACAAACUCAGGAAGUCAGAAGAGGCAAAAGAAGUGAUUCUGCAACAAUUUCACCUCUUAGAAAUGGAACGUGAUGAACUUAUGGAAGCAAUUUAUCAGGGAAUACAUGAAGUGGAAAAAGUAAACCGUCUAGGUGACAAGUUUCUGGCAUCUGAAAAUACAAAAGCAGAGGAUCAAAUUGGAGAACAAAAGUACGAUACUGCUAUUUGA